AGGAGGGUGAAUUCUGAACAAUAGAGAGAAAUGCAGCGCUGUUCUUUGUAAUAACACGGACGGAAACCCACGAUUGGAAAGCGAACAGCUGCGACCAGGAACACAAGAAUAUGGAGGGGAUCGUGCACUGAUUCUGUGAGACACAUCACUGGAUAUACUUCGAGUUACAUUUUCCUUUCUGAAAUCCACGGGAGAAAGAAGAAGAUGAAUUCAGCCGAAGCACCCGAUGAAGGACUGAAUGAUUCGGAUGCAGACGCGUUUUUCAAAAUAGGGUCUUUCAGAAAUGAUGGAAUUAAAGCAUCUGAUGUCUUGCCUGUACUAAAAGAAAAAGUGGCCUUUGUAUCAGGAGGCCGUGACAAAAGAGGUGGCCCAAUCUUGACCUUCCCAGCAAGAAGUAACCAUGACAGAAUAAAGCAGGAAGACCUCCGAAGACUGGUACAAUAUUUGGCUACUGUACCAAGCGAUGAUGUCUGUAAGCGGGGUUUCACUGUAAUUAUUGACAUGCGAGGCUCUAAGUGGGACUUGAUCAAACCUCUUCUGAAAACCCUGCAAGAAGCUUUUCCUGCUGAGAUCUGUGUUGCACUUAUUAUCAAACCGGACAAUUUUUGGCAGAAGCAGAAAACUAAUUUUGGCAGCUCAAAGUUUACAUUCGAGACCAGUAUGGUGUCAGUGGAAGGCCUUUCAAAGCUAGUUGACCCAUCCCAGCUGACUGAUGACUUUGAAGGCUCUUUGGAGUACAACCAUGAUGAGUGGAUUGAACUCCGUGUGUCUUUGGAAGAGUUCAUUGGCAGUGCUGUGCACUUGUUAUCCCGUCUAGAAGAACUACAAGAGAUACUGGCCAAAAAGGAAUUUCCUGUGGAUGUGGAGGGGUCCAGGAGAUUGAUAGAUGAGCAUACUCAGCUGAAGAAGAAGGUGCUUAAGGCUCCAGUGGAGGAGCUAGACCGUGAAGGCCAGAGAUUGCUGCAGUGUAUUCGCUGUAGUGAUGGCUUUUCAGGGAGAAACUGCAUCCCUGGCAGUGCAGACUUCCAGAGUGUUGUGCCAAAGAUCGCCAGUCUUCUUGACAAACUGCAUUCCACCAGACAGCACUUGCACCAGAUGUGGCACAUGAGAAAACUGAAGUUAGAUCAGUGUUUUCAGCUUCGACUCUUUGAGCAGGAUGCAGAGAAGAUGUUUGACUGGAUCAGUCACAACAAGGAGCUGUUUCUACAGAGCCACACAGAGAUUGGGGUCAGUUAUCAACAUGCAGUGGAUUUACAGACACAGCACAAUCACUUUGCUAUGAACUCAAUGAAUGCAUACGUCAACAUCAAUCGGAUAAUGUCUGUGGCAUCCAGACUGUCAGAAGCUGGCCACUACGCCUCCCAGCAAAUCAAACAGAUCUCGGCCCAGCUAGAUCAAGAGUGGAAAAGCUUCGCUGCUGCCCUUGAUGAGCGUAGCACCAUCCUGGCAAUGUCUGCAGUGUUUCAUCAGAAGUCUGAACAGUUUCUGUCGGGCGUUGAUGCUUGGUGUAAAAUGUGCAGUGAGGGAGGCCUGCCAUCGGAAAUGCAAGACCUGGAGCUUGCCAUCCACCAUCACCAGUCACUGUACGAGCAAGUUACCCAGGCCUAUGCGGAGGUGAGCCAGGAUGGGAAAGCACUGUUGGAUGUUCUGCAGCGGCCUUUAAGUCCUGGAAAUUCAGAGUCACUCACUGCAACAGCCAAUUACUCCAAAGCUGUACAUUGUGUCUUAGAUGUGGUACACGAGGUUCUGCACCAUCAGCGAAGGCUAGAGAGCAUCUGGCAGCAUCGUAAGGUUCGCCUGCAUCAGCGACUGCAGCUCUGUGUUUUCCAACAGGAUGUCCAACAGGUAAUGGACUGGAUUGAGAAUCAUGGAGAAGCCUUUCUCAGCAAACACACAGGAGUUGGGAAAUCUCUUCACAGAGCACGGGCACUGCAGAAGAGACAUGAUGAUUUUGAAGAAGUUGCUCAGAACACAUACACCAAUGCUGACAAGCUCUUAGAGGCCGCUGAGCAGUUGGCCCAGACCGGCGAAUGUGACCCAGAGGAGAUUUACAAAGCGGCUCGGCAUCUGGAGGUGCGCAUUCAGGAUUUCGUGAGAAGGGUCGAGCAGAGGAAGCUUCUCCUAGACAUGUCUGUGUCCUUCCACACUCACACCAAAGAGUUGUGGACAUGGAUGGAGGACUUGCAGAAAGAGCUUUUGGAAGAUGUCUGCUCUGACUCUGUGGAAUCUGUGCAAGAGUUGAUCAAGCAGUUCCAGCAGCAGCAGACAGCUACCCUGGAGGCCACCUUAAAUGUCAUCAAGGAAGGGGAGGACCUUAUUCAGCAGCUAAGGGAUUCAGCCAUGUCCAGCAAUAAGAUGCCACACAAUAGCUCCAUCAGCCACAUUGAGAGCGUGCUGCAACAGCUAGACGAGGCCCAGGGACAGAUGGAAGAAUUAUUCCAUGAGAGGAAAAUCAAGCUAGAUAUUUUCCUGCAGCUUCGGAUUUUUGAGCAGUACACCAUUGAGGUGACAGCUGAGCUGGAUGCCUGGAAUGAAGAUCUUCUGAGGCAGGCAAAUGACUUUAACACCGAGGACCUCACCCUUGCUGAGCAGCGUCUUCAGCGACACACUGAGCGCAAACUGGCCAUGAACAACAUGACCUUUGAGGUCAUUCAGCAAGGCCAAGACUUACACCAGUAUAUCAUGGAAGUACAGGCGUCAGGGAUUGAGCUGACGUGUGAGAAGGAGGUGGAUCUCGCUACCCAAGUGCAGGAGCUCCUGGAGUUUCUUCACGAGAAGCAGCACGAGCUGGACUUGAGCGCUGAUCAGACGCAGAAGCGGCUUGAACAGUGCCUGCAGCUCCGGCACCUGCAGGCUGAGGUCAAACAGGUGUUAGGCUGGAUUCGGAAUGGGGAAUCCAUGCUCAGUGCCAGUCUCGUCAAUGCUAGCUCCCUGUCAGAGGCGGAGCAGCUCCAGAGAGAACAUGAACAGUUCCAGCUGGCCAUCGAGUCCCUCUUUCACGCCACUUCUCUGCAGAAAACCCACCAGAGUGCCCUCCAGGUGCAGCAGAAAGCAGAGGUCAUGCUUCAGGCUGGACAUUAUGACCCUGACGCGAUCAGGGCUUGUGCAGAGAAGGUGGCACUGCACUGGCAACAGCUCAUGCUCAAGAUGGAGGACAGGCUCAAGCUGGUCAAUGCCUCUGUUGCUUUCUACAAAACCUCAGAGCAGGUGUGCAGUGUGCUGGAGAGUUUGGAGCAGGAAUACCGGAGAGAUGAAGACUGGUGUGGUGGCCAUGACAAACUGGGAGCCAGUGCUGAGACAGACCAUGUCAUUCCUCUGAUAAGCAAGCACUUGGAACAAAAAGAAGCUUUCUUAAAGGCAUGUACAUUAGCAAGAAGGAAUGCAGAGGUAUUUCUGAAGUAUAUCCACAGAAAUAAUGUCAGCAUGCCUGGAGCAGCAAGUCAUACCCGUGGGCCUGAGCAGCAAGUGAAAGCUAUUCUGAAUGAGCUGCUACAGAGAGAAAACAGGGUAUUGCACUUCUGGACGAUGAAGAAACGAAGACUAGACCAGUGCCAGCAGUAUGUCGUUUUUGAACGGAGUGCCAAACAGGCCUUAGACUGGAUUCAGGAAACCGGCGAAUAUUACCUCUCCACUCAUACUUCCCCUGGGGAAACUUGUGAAAAAACUCAGGAACUCUUAAAAGAGUAUGGAGAAUUUAGAAUAUCUGCCAAGCAAAUCCAGGAGAAGGUGAAGCUGCUCAUUCAGCUGGCCGACAGCUUUGUAGAGAAAGGUCACGUUCAUGUUAACGAACUGAAGAAGUGGGUUACCACUGUUGACAAGCGCUACCGUGACUUUUCACUACGAAUGGGGAAAUAUCGGUCCUCCCUGGAAAAAGCGCUUGGCAUCAGUUCAGAGGAUAAUAAAGACUUAGAGCUGGAUAUCAUCCCAGCCAGUCUCACUGACCCUGAGGUUAAACUUCGGGAUGCAAACCAUGAGGUCAAUGAGGAGAAGAGAAAAUCAGCCAGAAAGAAAGAAUUUAUAAUGGCUGAACUCCUACAGACCGAAAAAGCAUAUGUCAGGGAUUUGCAUGAAUGUUUAGAGACCUACCUUUGGGAAAUGACAAGUGGGGUGGAAGAAAUCCCUCCAGGAAUAAUUAAUAAGGAACAUGUCAUCUUCGGCAAUAUUCAGGAGAUAUAUGAUUUCCAUAACAACAUUUUUCUUAAAGAACUGGAGAAAUAUGAGCAGUUACCUGAAGAUGUAGGCCAUUGCUUUGUCACAUGGGCUGACAAAUUCCAUAUGUAUGUCACAUACUGCAAAAAUAAGCCAGAUUCUAGUCAGCUCAUUUUGGAACAUGCUUGCAGCUUUUUUGAUGAAAUCCAGCAAAGACAUGGCCUGGCAAAUUCCAUUUCAUCUUACCUAAUCAAACCAGUACAAAGAAUCACAAAAUACCAGCUUCUUUUGAAGGAACUUCUGACUUGUUGUGAAGAGGGGAAAGGCGAAAUUAAAGAUGGCCUGGAAGUCAUGCUGAGCGUCCCUAAGAGAGCCAAUGAUGCCAUGCACGUCAGCAUGUUAGAAGGCUUUGAUGAAAAUCUUGACGUCCAGGGUGAGCUCAUCCUCCAGGACUCCUUCCAGGUGUGGGACCCCAAGUCUCUCAUUCGGAAGGGAAGGGACCGCCACUUGUUCCUCUUUGAAAUAUCUCUGGUGUUCAGCAAAGAAAUAAAAGACUCCUCAGGACGCACUAAAUAUGUCUUUAAGAAUAAGUUGCUGACAUCCGAGUUGGGAGUGACGGAGCACAUUGAAGGGGACCCCUGUAAAUUUGCUCUGUGGGCCGGAAGGACCCCUUCAUCUGACAACAAGACAGUACUCAAGGCUUCAAGUAUUGAAGUAAAACAGGAAUGGAUCAAAAACAUCCGGGAAGUAAUUCAGGAGAGAAUCAUCCACCUCAAGGGUGCUCUGAAGGAGCCCAUUCACUUGCCUAAGACACCUGCCAAACAGCGUAACAACAGUAAAAGGGACACUGGAGAGGAUGCUGACAGCCAGGGAGAUGGGAGUAGUCAGCCUGACACCAUUUCUAUAGCAUCAAGAACAUCCCAGAACACUGUGGACAGUGACAAGCUAUCUGGAGGGUGCGAACUGACAGUGGUUCUCCAGGACUUCACAGCUGGCUGCAGCAGUGAGCUGAGUAUCCAGGUGGGGCAGACAGUGGAGUUACUGGAGCGUCCGAGCGACAGGCCUGGCUGGUGUCUCGUGAGGACUACCGACCGCACCCCUCCCCAGGAAGGCCUGGUUCCCAGCAGCACUCUUUGCAUAUCCCACUCACGCAGCAGUGUGGAGAUGGAAUGCUUCUUCCCAUCUGGAAAAGAUAAUUAUUCUGUCUCUGCUGCAGAAAAUGGGGGCAAAUCUGAGUCCGUGGCCAAUCUGCAGCCACAGACUUCAAUGAGUUCCAUCCAGACAAGCUCCCCAGGCCCCAAACGUUCAGGGAACACGCUGAAAAAAUGGCUGACCAGCCCAGUGCGGAGGCUGAGCAGCGGAAAAGCCGACAGCAAUGUCAAGAAGAUACCCAGUAAGCCUAAAAAGAGGGACAGCCGGAAGAGCUUAGACCUGGGCUCCCCCAAACCGGGAGACAAUGAGACCACUCCACAGGAUGACAGCGCCGACGAGGGAAGGAAGGGAAUCAAAGAUGGCAUCAUCAGCGGCUCUCUAUCCAAGCCGUCUUCUGGAAUGCAGAGUGGAGGAGAAGAAGAACCCGAUGAAGAAUCGCACACCCCACUCCCACCCCCCAUGGAAAUCAUAAAGGAUGGCACUUCGCAGGAGGAGAAGUCCUCCUCAUUGCUUACUGCCCGUCACUGCUCAGCUGAAGUCCCCAGUGCAGCGGAUCUUGUCAGUGCAAUAGAAAAAUUGGUCAAAAGUAAGCUGACUUUGGAGUCGGGUUCAUAUCCGAGUUUUAGCUCCAUGAAUCCACCUGAAUCACGGCAGACCACGGUGCAACCUAGAAAUCCUGAGGAGGAACAGAAAGCCAAAGCAUUACGAGGAAGAAUGUUUGUACUUAAUGAGUUAGUACAGACAGAAAAAGACUAUGUGAAGGAUUUGGGUAUUGUUGUAGAGGGUUUUAUGAAGAGAAUAGAAGAUAAAGGAGUCCCUGAAGACAUGAAAGGAAAAGACAAGAUUGUGUUUGGGAAUAUUCAUCAAAUAUAUGACUGGCACAAAGAUUUUUUCCUGGGUGAACUGGAGAAAUGUCUUCAGGACCAUGAUCGACUCGCAGAGCUUUUCAUCAAACAUGAGAGACGAUUGCAUAUGUAUGUGGUUUACUGCCAAAACAAGCCUAGAUCUGAGUAUGUGGUAGCUGAGUAUGAUGCAUACUUUGAGGAAGUGCAGCAGGAAAUAAACCAGAGACUGACUAUUAGUGACUUUCUCAUAAAGCCAAUCCAAAGAAUAACCAAGUAUCAGCUGCUUCUUAAGGACUAUCUGAAGUACAGUGAGAAAGCUGGAAUGGACUGCCAGGAUAUAGAGAAAGCAGUUGAAUUAAUGUUCCUUGUACCUAAACGUUGCAAUGACAUGAUGAACCUUGGACGUCUACAGGGUUUUGAGGGAAAGCUAACAGCUCAAGGAAAGCUGCUGCAACAAGACACCUUCUUUGUCACAGAACAGGACACUGGAGUCUUGUCCCGUAGCAAAGAACGGAGGGUCUUCCUCUUCGAACAGAUUGUCAUCUUCAGUGAGCUCCUCAGAAAGGGAUCUGCAACACCCGGUUACCAGUUUAAGAAAAGUAUCAAGAUGAGUUACUUGACCUUGGAUGAAAAUGUUGAUAAUGAUCCAUGCAAGUUCGUCCUGUACUGUCGGGGAUCAUCUGAAAGGUUCACACUCCAGGCUGCCAAUCCAGACAUUAAGCAGGCAUGGGUUCAGGACAUCAGCCAAGUUCUGGACACUCAGAGGGAUUUCUUGAAUGCAUUGCAGUCUCCAAUCGAGUACCAGAAAAAGGAAACCGGGACUCAUUCUUUAACCAGGAAUCAGUCUGGCAUUAGGAUUCCACAGUCGAACAGCCGUCCUCAUUCCUCAGCUUCGGUGGGGCCGGAGAAGCCGCCGAUGUCUGGCAGAAACCCGACAGCACUACCCUUGAAGUUAUCUACCUCUAAUGGCAGUCCAUGCUAUGAUCAACACAGACAUGCAGAGAGAUAUGAUCCAAGCAAGAAUGAUGUUGCUGGAUGUAAUGGGAUGUCAUCCACUAUGAUGGUGACCCAAGAUUACAGUGCACUGAAAGAGAAUGAGAUAUGUGUGAUUCAGGGAGAGAUGGUACAAGUCCUGGCAACUAACCAGCAAAACAUGUACCUGGUCUAUCGACCUGCGAACAAUCACUCCCCAGCUGCUGAAGGCUGGGUUCCAGGAAAUAUACUGGGCCCUGUGAAUAAAGCCUUCAUAGAAAGUGCUGAAGGAAGUAUCAAGAAGUCUCUUUCUUGGCACACCCUGCGCAUGAGAAAGCGAGCAGAAAAGGAGAGCAGUGGCAAAGGUGAAGCAAAGGUUGAGAAUGGACUUCGUAAGCCCAAGGAAAUUCUGAGCAACAAGGUCACUGUUAAAGAGUCUAACAGUUCUGAAGAGUCAGAUUGUGAUGAGCUAGAUCCCCAAACUAGCAUGGAGUUACUGAAUCCCAAUUUCAUUCAGGAAGUUGCACCAGAAUUCCUUAUCCCUCUUGCUGAUGUGACUUGUGCGUUUGGGGAAACUGUAGUCUUGUGUUGUAAAGUCUGUGGACGUCCAAAACCAAAUAUCACUUUGAAAGGACCGGAUCAAAAUUUGGUUGUCAACAACAGUCGCUUCACAAUUGACAUCAGGGAGACUGGGGAUAUACUCUUGAAGAUUUGUAACCUCAUGCCACAGGACACGGGCAUUUACACCUGUGUGGCAGUGAAUGACCAUGGAACGUCGUCCUCUUCUGCUUCAAUCAAAGUUCAAGGUAUUGCAGCUGCCCCCAGCCGACCAGUAGCCCAGGAAGCCAGCAAUACUGCUGUAAUCCUGCAUUGGCUGCCUCCAGCUAGCUCAGGGAACUGUGCUAUUUCCAGCUACGCAGUGGAAUACAGACAGGAAGAUUCACUUAUUUGGCAACAGUCUGUUGCGUCAGCUGUGGACACCUGCAUUGAGAUAGAAGACCUCAUCCCAGGUGGCCACUAUCAAUUCAGAGUCAGUGCCAUUAAUCCAUGGGGAGUCAGUCCUCCUAGUGAACCAUCAAAUAUGGUGACACUGCCCUGUGCAGAUUCAUCAUAUGAUGGGACAGACAUCCACUGGAAAGAUAACUUUGAAUCAGCAUAUACUGAACUGAGUGAAAUUGGAAGGGGCCGGUUCUCAGUCGUGAAGAAGUGUGUGCACAAAGCUACUAAAAGGGAAGUAGCUGUUAAAUUUGUCAGCAAGAAAAUGAAGAAGAAGGACCAAGUGGCGCAUGAGGCAGAUAUUUUGAGGCAUCUACAGCACCCACAGCUCCUCACCUUGUGCGACACCUAUGAAUCCGUUGGCAGUUUCAUGUUGGUGUUACAGCUCUUGGCUGAUGGGAGACUUUUAGACUAUCUUGUUUCCCAUGAUGAACUAAUGGAAGAGAAAGUGGCUUUUUAUGUCAGAGAUACUUUGGAAGCUGUGCAAUAUCUCCAUAGUUGCAGAGUUGCACACUUAGAUUUAAAGCCGGAAAACCUUUUAGUUGAUCUCCACAUUCCAGUUCCUCGUGUCAACAUCAUAGAUUUUGGUGAAGCCAUUCAGAUUACAAACCACUGUUAUGUCCACCAGCUUCUGGGAAACCCAGAGUUUGCAGCUCCAGAACUGAUCCAGGGGACUCCUGUAGCUCUUAGCACAGAUAUCUGGAAUAUUGGAGUUCUGGCGUAUGUUAUGCUAAGUGGCGUCUCCCCGUUUUUGGAUGAGAGCUUGGAGGAGACUUGCAUGAAUAUCUGCAGACUUGAUUUCAGCUUUCCUGAUGAGUUUUUCUGCGGAGUCAGUCAGGCUGCUCGAGACUUCAUUUCAUCGCUCCUUCAGGGAGACCACAGGAAAAGACCCACUGCUGCCACCUGUCUGCAGCAUCCCUGGUUACACUCCCACAGCAGUGAAUACUCCAAAACCCCACUGGACACUUCACGCCUGGCCUCCUUCGUUGAGAGACGCAAGCAGCAGAAUGACGUUCGGCCUCUCACUAAUGUCAAGAGCCUCGUGUCAAGCAGCAUGGGUCGCACCUUAUAAAAAUGGUCAAAAUGUGUAUAGCGUAUGUAUUAUAGCCUGAAAGGACAUUUGUAUCAAACAAUUAAUAUUUGAUACUUCAUAAAUGAAGUAAAAAAAACAUGCCUUCUUUCUGUAAAGAUAAACAGUUGUAAUCUAAAAUGGUUUAAAUUUCUAAUUGUGUUUCUUAACUUAAAGGUGCAUUAAGGACCUUUACAACCUAACUAGUAAAAUAACCAAGGAACAGUAAUUGGAACACUCAGAUCUAUGUCAGACAUUAUCACAAAUUCACAAUGUUUGAUAUUACAUUUUUUAGAGGUUUAUUAUACUAUAAUUUAAGUGUUUUUAUAUGGUAAUCUAUUCUUUUAUCUAUACAUAUUGUAUUAUAAGUUCACAUUAGUGUUCUAAAAUCUUCACGAGAGGUGAGAAAGAACCUUUCGAGACAUUUUAAAAAGUCCUUGAAAGUAAAAUUACUUAAGAAUGUAAAUUAAAAUAGAAUGUGCUCAAGUAGGGCUAAGGUCUGCAAGAUGGGUUUUAGGUAAAACAGAGCUGCUCUUACAGAAGUUGUAUUAGUAUAAAUUAAAGCUGUAUGAUAAGUGUUUGCAAUAUGUGUUUUUUAUCCUGUAAUCUAGCGAUCCUUUGGAACCGUAGAGUUUUCAAGAGGAUCUGCAAAAAAGUCAUAGGGAGGAUUUCAGCAGAUGAGUAAAAUCAACAGCUCUGAAACGCCACUAAGAUUGUCGAGAAAUGCCUUUUUUUCCAUGUCACAUUUUUUCUGUGAUAGGGCUCUUUGAUGCCUUUAAACAGUUUCACCAUUCAGGAAAUUAAAAAAGAAAACAGGGUUAAUAAAAAAGCCACAUUUGCAUACCCUAAAAAUCCCAUAAAGCAUUGCUCGACAUAUAAUCGUGGUCACAAUGUGAUAAAAGGGUAAUAAAACUAAAAACUCCAAACAAUAGAAACCUCCAAACAAAAGAAACAUGUUUUUAAAAGGUCCCUUCACCUUGAAAUAUACACUCAGAACCAUUUAAUACCUCACUUUAUGUGGAAACAUGGUGAGCAAUGAGCCUUAACACAAUAUUUAUUUUAAAUAAAAGCAACAUAUUAUCAUAAAAGUUCUGAGUUCUAAUUCUAAUUUUUACUUUUCGUUUCAUUGUAAAUUAAUUGCAUAUUAUUUGCUUUUUAAAACAGUCUUAUGUAUUCUGUGAGGAAAAUUUUUAUUAACCUACAUAUUGUUUUGGUUUUGAACACUUACUGUAAGUAGUUUCUCUUUUCUUGAGCUUUUGUAUUAUAGAAAACGAUGUGAAGAGUCAUAAUAUAACGGUGCGUCACACAAAGGUCAUUAUUCUGUGAGACAAAGAAAUCAAAGCUUUAAUAGUGAUUUAAAAUUGAUUUAAUAUUGCCUUCACUAUGAGGGGGUGGGAGGAGAGGGGCAAAAGGUGAUGGUUUGCACUGCUGCUUUACAGUUCCGAGGUCCUGGGUUCGAUUUCAGCUUUUGGCUUAGAGCACUGUCUGUGUGGAGUUUGUGAUCGGCUACUCUGAAUUGUCACUAGAAAUACAACCACAUGAGUCCAGUGGAUGAAUGGCCACAAUAAGAGGAGGCCCUUCUGUGUAUGACAUUACAACCUUGGAAAGUUCCCUCAUGCUAGCCAUUGUUUUAGCAUAUAACGUUUUAUUAAUCGAGGGAGCAUUCUACAUUCUUAAUAUUUCUUAAUCAUAUCAUUAACAAUGAUGGGUGGGUGAUCAGUCGCGUAUACAAAAUAUUCAGGAUUGACAUUUUAUUCCAGGAAAAAAUGUUCUUAAGAUAAAUAUGUAUUGUAUAAGGUGUAUGUCUUUCAGGCAAAUGUAGGAAAUUGGCUAUUUUUAAUCUUAAUUAAGGAUAUUAUUUCCAAACCUUUAAAAUUUAGAAAUCAAACGCCAGUGUAUUCAGUUCAACUGCAGGUAUUCAUCAUAGCAAUUACUGUAGUUACUUAAUUACUAAUAGUAAUUCGUAUUAAAGAGAAGUUCUUUGCAAUUCUUUAGUCACUAGAGGUGACUAAUGUCAGAACAAUAUGCUACCAAAGUGCGUGAUGCUAUAUUAUGUUUUUUUCCUUUGGUUUUUAAAUAUUAAAUCUUUAAUUUCUGUAAUUCUGCUCGGACCCCGGUCUUGGCUAGAGCUAUGUCCUAUUCAGUGAGUUUCCCUGCUGACUUGUAUAUGUAGUGUUGUACGAAAUACCAUGCACUCUUGUGCAACAACCUAAAAGUAGAUAGUGAAAUUCAGAAAAAAAUGCACGACAACAAGAGGACGAGCUAUGUGUUUUUAAUGUUUCACUUCAAGCUGUUGAUUUUUGUUUAAUUCUAAAAACAAUUCUUCAGUGUAGUUUUAGCAUGCCUCUUAUUUUUUACUUUUUUUCAAUGCCAAUCAUUCCAUCAAAUUAAUCAUUAACUCUCUGAAUUAAAAACGGAGAUUCCUAUGUGUCUUACGAGGUUGUGAUUGGGAUUUAAGAUUAAAUCCAUAAACAUGCACAACAAGGGAUUGCUAGGCCAAACCAAACUUAAGGCCUUUCUUUUAAGUUGAAAAUAUUUGACCAGAGGUCUGAAAUUUGUGAAACUACUCCUUGUCUGGAAUAGUAGAUGUUGGGACGAAUCAAACUGACUAAAACGUGUUACCAGGCCAAAUCACUGUGUUAUUUGCCAAGAACACCAAAGUGAAGCUUGUAUACAGUUCAUCAUGCCCACUAGAAUUAGAAUAACUUUGUACUGUAAAUGACCAAUGCCAUUAGAAGACAAGACAGCUUUUCAGGUUUCUGUAGCUCUGUGCUAAUUAAAAUUGGACCAAGCAGCAAUGCACGUUGCAAUGGUAUGAUGAUGCUUAAUCAGAGUGUAUAUACUGUCCACCACUACAGCAUUUGUAUCUCUGAUGUUGAACUGACCACAAAACUGGUAUCAGCUGGUGAUUGAUGGGACACUGGUUAAAAUUGCUGCACUGACUAAUUGUUGUAAAGUCUCAUUUUCCGCUUAACAGUCAUUCACAAGGAUGAAACUAUUAUCAUUAGCAUCUAUUUAUUAACUACAGAUGUUCUAUAUUGCAUUUGCUUGGUUCUCUGCAAUAGCAUGCAACAUUCAAAUUACAUUCAAACACGCAGUCUGCAGUAUUUUGUACAUAAUUCUGUCUAGAAGCUUCAAGACAAAACAUCUAGAAACAAUAUCUUUCUUGGACCACACAAGCUGUGUUUGUUAUUGUAUGUUUAAUAAAGAGCUUGUUUCUAAAA